CAUCGAUGUGAUAGCAUUUUAACUUAUUUACGCAUACCACCUGUCAUACGCGGCUCCUCACGCACUAACUUGCCUCGCCUUGCCUACAUCGCUCUACCUUACGCACCAGCGUCGCGAUCGCAAGAACAUAGCCCCCCAAUUAAGUUUCAUUUGAAGUUUCAUUUUCCGUUAAACUAAGAGACCUUUCCUUAGAAAGCCAUCAGUUUACCGGUAUCCAUCAUGGUCAAUGCUUCAGGAUAAGGUCUGCGUCUAAACAUAUACCCGGCACAGUAUCAGUAUACACAAAGGAAUCCGCCAUGGCGGAACGAAGGCGUGGGAGACGAAUAGCCGUCCAGCUGUCGUCAUGGGGGCCAUGGCUACUGCCCUUUGUAGUGCUUGUGGCGCUGCUGGCUCUUCGGAAGUCCAUAGUUCAAGUCAUUUCCGACGGUGCUUCUGGCGGCGCCAAGUCACCAUCAUCACCAGCAGCAGCGCUCGCAACCACCUUGCAACUAGGCGCUGCAUCUGCUAAUGCUACCGCUGCUGUGCCUACCGCUGCUGCCGCUGUUGCUUCAUCUGGGUCGGCGGCCAAAGCGGGAUCUGGCGGUUCCGGGGCCAGGGUCGACGCGCCCCGGCAGCAGCGGGCUGCGAGGCACUGCAGCAACACGUGCUUCAAGGCAAACGAUGGCGUUUGUGACGAGGGGCGCCCGGCCACCCCGGAAGGAACCACCGCCGGGUCUCGUAGGAGCUUGCAUGGAAGCCAGCAGCAUGGGAGCCAGCUGCAGGGCCAGGGGCGGAGGAGGGUCUUGGGAGUUGAGGGCAACAAGGAGGUUUCGGAGCUGUUGUGCGAUCUCGGGACGGACUGCAACGAUUGUGGCCCAUGGGUCGGCACGGUACCGGAAGGCUGGGGCCCCGCCGCCGGUCCCGUGUCCUGGCUCCGCUCCACUCACAACGCCUCCAUGUUCACCCGCCGCACCACCACCCCCCGCCCCUUCCGCGCCGCCAUCACCCACCACUCGGCGGACCCCGACGUGAGCGCCAUGAUCUGGCACUACGGAGCCAUGGAGGGUGGUGUCACACGGAUCGUCAACGCCGUGCUAGACGGCCAGUGCGUCCUUUCCGCCGGUGUCGACAGCAGCAGCGGCAGUAGCAGCGGUAGCGGUGGUGAUGGAGGAGGCAAGGCGACUCGGGAACAGCAGGGGCAGCAGAGGAGGAGGCUGGUGAUCGACG